CUUCCAAUAUUUAUAUAAUACUAACCCUUUGAUAAUUCUGUUCUUUUGUUAUCUGAUCCACUUGAUCAAUCAAUUGUCGAACUCUUAAUUGCAAUUCAGAAAGUUUUUCUUUCUGGACAAUUUCUCCAUAAUUAAUAGCAUGUUCUCCAACUUGUAUGUCCAAGUGAACUCUUAAUUGGGAUCCACUGAACCAAGCAGUGCUGUUAGAGUACAUGCAGAUAACAUGUUCACCAGGUAAAUGGGAGGUGAAAAAUAUUUUCCCUUCAGCACUGUAUACACGAGACAAGAUAACCUUAUCAUCUGGAUCUCUGACUUCUACAUGCAUACCAAUUCCAGUUGAUGAUGGCAUAAAACCUCCACUCCUUGGAUCAUAUAGCUCAACUUUGUAGUUUACUAAAAUAUAUUCAUUUUUGCGUGAUUUUAACUGUAUAAAAUAAUAAAAAUGUAUGCUAAAUUAAAUUCGAACUAACCUACAACAUUAGUUUCAUCUGGAAUUUCUUCUAUAAAACAUUUUCGUUCGGUCUCUCCAAUAUGAAAAUAUAGCGCAGAACAUGCAUUGAAUAAAACAAAAAAUGUAAUUAACGAAAUAUAUACGGAGUUUUUAAACAUUUUGCAAAAUAUACUUGUGUUUAUUUCUAAUUUACACACGUCACCCAACACCCAACGUCACCUUUUGGAUUUUUUUUGAUGACAAAUGACAAACUUAAUUGAAAUGGAGUUGAAUCGAUUACUACAGAACUUUUCGAUUCUAAAGAUUGUGUCAGCACGUUGGUAGGAUUCAGCAGUGAAUAUGAGGAAUGUGAAUACAUUUGGCAACGUCGUGUGAAAAUUCCUUAGGAAAAUUCUAAAUGCUAAUGACCUGUGAAGUAGUUCAAAUGUCCACGCAUGUGUAGGACUAUUUGUUCAAUUUUGACUUGCGCAAAAUUAUUGAACAUAAACAGUCUUGAACACUGUGCAGUGCAAGUGCACGAACAAAUCAAUCUCCUUCUCCUUACAAAAAAAAUCCCAUAAAAUUCUUUAAAGAGAGUGACAUAUUUGUGAUUAGUUCUAAAGUCUUAAACCGUCAAUUGUCUCUCUUUGUUCAAUUCAUCGGCAUCUUGGUGAUCCUCUUUUUAAUUUAAAUUGUAGACUGAUCGCGAAACUUCAUUACGAACAAACUUAAAAAAAAACAAACAUGAAACAAACACAAAGGUAUAAGAAAAUGGCGCAGUAGUUGUUUUGUUCACGUACCAGUUAAAUCACUUAAUUUUUUUGUUUAAAACUUCGUAAAAAAUACAAACAUUAUUUCAAUGACUCCAAUGAAAGAGGCAUCGCCGCCAGUAUCGGCUAUGGCCACCCCAACUAAUAGUAGUGGAAAUCUUGUUGAUGAAUUCGAAGAGGCGUUUCAACACUGUUUGAAUGUAUUAACUAAAGAAGAAGCACUACCAACAUCGGACAAGGAUGAAAUUAAAGUAGAGGUAGAGCAAACUACCCUUCGUUUUAUAGAUUUGGCAAGACAAAUGGAAGCCUUUUUUCUACAGAAAAGAUUCCUUUUAUCGGCCUUAAAACCUGAGAUGAAUGUUAAGGAAGACAUUAGUGAACUUAGAUUAGAGUUAGGAAGAAAAGAAGAGCUACUUAAGAGACAUUAUGACAAAAUCCAAGUAUGGCAGAAUUUGUUAGCUGACUUACAAAGUUAUUCAAAAAGCCCAGCACAAGGCAGUGCUACACCAGGGGGUGGUUCAAUACCACCAUCACCUCUGCCCAGUAUCCCUGGUAACCAGACACCCAAUCAGAUUAUGCCAAAUAUAUCAGCCACUAUGCAACAGCAGUUACAGCAGCAGCAGCUACAACAGCAACAACAACAAUUGCAGAUGCAACAAAUGCAGCAGAUGCAACAGCAACAAUUACAACAAAUGCAGGUGGGUCCAGGUUUAAGUGGGGGUGGGGUAGGUCCUGGAAUGUUGUCACCACAACAAGCAUUAUUUAUGCAACAACAGAGUAUGGGAUCGUCGAGAGGACCUUUUGGACAACAAGCUCCUGGUGGUGUAUUACAGGGUCCUUUAGCAUAUCUGGAGAAAACUACAAGAAAAUCUGAUUUCGCAGGUAUAACGGAUGGUCGAAGGUGACGCGGACGCGGGAGGGGGCGUGGAAGAGGUAGGGGCAGAGGCAGAGGGCGCGGCCGCGGUGGCGGCACUUUGCCCGAUUACGUCUCCCCCUAAUACCCCCUCCCCGACCGGGCGUCCGCGAUGCUCGGCGACGAUGCUGCUGCUUUUAAUACGAUGCUCUUGGAGGAGGAAAUUAUGGCAGCGACAAUGGGAGGAUCUUUCUUCUCCGAGAUGUAUGCUUAAUUGGUCGAUUUGUACAGUCAAAUGUAACACUAAAAUGCAGUUUGUGGUUAAUUAUGCAAGCGAAACAGUAAAUUGCUAAAUGAAUAUCGUCAAAUGGUGAUUUGACUAAUUACUCAAGUCUUUUAAGUCCAAAAAUCGACUAUUUUGGUUAAAAUACUACGGCAACGAUUUUUUCUAUAAACAUUUUCAUAAUUUAAUAUUAACAUUUUCUUGUGGUUAGUAUAUUAUUUGUUUGGAUGGGAAAUUGAAAACAUGUGUACCAAAUAUAAAAAAAUAAUACUGAGUGGUUCGUUAGAUAUGGCGCUAGAAGAAAAUGAUCCUAAAUCGAUAACACACAAUUAUAAAGACACUACAAGACUCAUCAAAUAUUUAAAACUACCUCGGUCAUCUCUAUUCACUGUUAACCUAUUUCCAUUUUUUACUAAAUAAAAGCCUCGCUCCCCUCGGCAAUCUGCGUGCAAUAUGUGAUUUUUGUCUUGUUCAACAAUGUCUGCUCUUCCGAACUUUCUUUUAUUAUUCCACCUUUAGCCAUAGUAACUCGCAAGUCUAGUAUAAACGUCUAGAACCGACAUCCUUUAUAUCUAGAACAGCUAAACUUUGGAACUCCCUUCCCCAAGAAGAUUUUUCAUUUUCUCCAAUCUUUUAAGAUCCGCAUUAAUAAACAAUCCCCAAAUUUAAAGAGACCAUCCGCAGUGCAUAGUAUAAUGCUGAUAACAUUUUAGUUCAAUUAGAUCUACAUUUGCAUCGACCUAGUGUUACCGUUUUUCAGGAUCUCAGAUUGUUAGUGAAAAGUCACAUUUUUGAUAUGUUAUUUCUGACCUCAUUAAAAAACUGUUUACAAGAAAAAUCGCUACCUGCGUGUUUUUGCAGAAAAAUACGGCUAGACUAUAAAAGUAUGUUGUAUUUUGAUAGAGGUGUUUAUCAUAAAACACCAUUUGUACAAAUUCCUUAUAUCUGAGAAUGAAAGUACUGUGGAAAGGUUAUCUAUAAUAUUUUUUAAGAAGUGUUUGUUUAACUAUGCUAGGUAAAUUUUGAUAUAAGAAUGAUUGAAAAACUGACCGAAUUUGUUUAUGACGACCAUUACUAUUAGAUGUUGAUAUUAGGAAAUGUAGAUUUAGUGAAAAUCUAUUACUAUUGGUUUUGUAUGUUGUAUAUUUGCGAAAAUUGUGUAGGUAAAAUAAUUGAAUUUUAGUGUUAAUUUGGUUGUACAAAUAAACAUAACAGAGGAACAAUUUUCUAUAUUAUAAUUAAAUACAGUUAAGUACAACAAUUGAUAGGGAUUGUAUUUUUUUUUUAAAUUGGAAUUUUUCCAUUUAUGUAACAUUCUAUAACUUGCAACAUUCCAUUUUAUUGUUUGAUUAAUUUCUUUUGAAGAAUGAAGUUAUUGAUUACUAUUUCUUGUCUUUAUACAUUUUAUAAUCCAUUUGCGCACUUUUAAACCCUUUUCAAUCUUCUUACUUCGUGUUAUCACAAGAUUAUCGACAUCAGAAACAUACCCGAUCUAUUCCUAAAAUAACGUGUCAAUUUUCUGUCGUUUCCUUCUAUUUAAGGUUGUUGCGUAUCUUUAUUUCUCAAGGGGUCUUGGGUCAGAAAACAGGAAUCGAUUUUCGUGGAUAUGUUUCCUUCCUGGAAGCCUUUUUUCAAAUUUGAGAGAAAAUGGUAUCUGAACCCGUAUUAUAUGUUUUCCGUAAUUCUUAUUUUCAAACACCUUACUGAAAGAGUUGUUUGUUCCUCUUCGGCUAAUCACGUGGUGAAAUUAUCCUAAGAAUUUUAAUUGUCUUUAAAUAAACCGAGAGAAACAGAUAAUGAGUAUUCACUUGACGUUGACGUAUGACAUUUCUCAUGAAAUCUUGAGAGAAAUGAGUUCUCCCUUAUUUUGAAAUCACCAGUUUUGUACAACAUUGCAAAUUACAUCAUUUCCAAAGCAAAACAAGAAAUAAUUAUUUAUGCAAUUGUGUUUAAUCGGCCAAUAUUGAAAGUUGUUCCUGUUCUAAUUUCGUUUUAGUUCUUUUGUACUUCUGAAUAAAAACAAUUGAUAAAUGUUAAAAUAUUUUUGGCAAAUACUUUAAACAAUUAACACGACAGCUGUAUAAUAAUGCAAUUAUGUAUUUUUUAAAUUCAUGUUACUUCGAAAAACUUCUUAAAACCAUUGUUUUGGUUUGUCUACAGAUAUAUCGUUUGAUUUUGUACAUGGUUUGAAAAUUUUAUCUUUUUAAAUGGCAGAAUUGAUUAUUAUUUUAGGUAUAUAUUUAUAAACCAAACUCAGAUGAGUUCGUUUUUGAACGAAAAUCAAAGUUUGGUUAUAUCACGAGAAUUUAGAGAUGAGGGGUAGCGAAUCUGUGUAAUUGGGCAGUGAAAUACUAAAAUCACAGUUAUAACUGAAACACAAUUUCCAAAUCAAAUGUCAACUUGAAAAAAAAAAUGGUCAAUUGACAAAAGUACACAAUAAAUAUCCAAAAAGGUUUAAAACAAUGAUCGUCAUUUGACUAUCCCGUAAAAUAAUUAUAAUAAGCCCAAAUAGUGUAAAAAUCCGAAAAAUACAAUUUGCAAAUCGAAUUUCGAUUCAAAAAAAAGGGUCAAACGACAAAAACGUACAAUAAAGGUCCAAAAAGGUUUAGAAUUUUAUUUCGACUUAUGUAAUAAUUAUUAUGAGCAUAAAGAGUGAAAAUUCAAAAAAUACAAUUUCUAAAUCGAUUUUCGUCUUGGAAAAUACCGUCAAUCGACAGUAAUGCACAAUAACGAUCGAUUAAAACAUUUUUUUUUAAUUCGAAAUUCCAUUUAGUAAUUGGAUUUAUUUUUGGAAUAUUUUGUGGUUAAGAUAGCUUCAGGAAUAGUAGAUGAAAAUUUCACGAUAAUUUGAAACAUCAGUUUUACAACCAGUCUUAAAGAUUGAAACGAUAUUUGAAUAUAUUCGACGUUUAGGAAAAUUCAUUGUCAACACACCUUUGAAAUAUUAUUAAGGUAUUGACAGAUUUAGGUGCCUAAUUAUCGCAUGCAAGCCUCGAAGACAUAAUUUACAAGUGGUUCCUGGGGAUAACUUAUGGAAAAUUCGAUUUUCCUUGACAGAAAAGGUUUCUGUUGCCCACAUUUUUAUGCAAGCCGUGUUCACUAAACGAUUAAUUAAUAGAACUUAGCUUCGCCUAACCAAAGAGCAAGUGUUUAAAGGGUUGAAAUAAGGGCGUGAUAUUGUAAAAAAAAUAUCUAGAUUUUCACCGAUUUUUUCAGACAAGCCUAUUGUAAGUUUGAAAACGUACAUCUCCAUUAGCUUGAAAAACAUAUCGGUUUGAAUGGCGCACAUUUUGGGGUCAGAAAAUUUAACGGAAUUUUUUUUCGAUUUUUCUUACAAGCCUUUAAUUCUAUAGAAUGUUAUUGAUGCCUUAGACCAGUCAUACUUUUUCCUUCAGGCCACAUACAUAUGUUUGCUAUGUUACAUGGGCCUUAAUAUUUUUGGAUGAUUACCCUUUAUAUAGACCAUCCAUUUAUAUUACUUAGUGCAAACCUCUAAUAAAUAAAACACAAAACAUAAAUAUAUCCCGUCGGGUUACUGCAAUAACAAGAUAACUAACGCUGUUCAAAGGUUUAAAAUUAAAUAAAAAAUCAGUGAAAGCUUCAAACUGUUUAAUAAAUAAUAACUCCAAUGAAAAAAAGGCAUUCAAAACAUAAUUAGUCUUCACAAAGUAUAAACUAAGAAUCUAUUGAUUGGUAACAAAAAAAAAGUCACUUAGCUUGUUUUAGCUGUCUACAUACAGGUUAUAAUAUUCAAUGUCUGUGUCACUAUCUUCAAUGGAAGGUUCAGGUAGUGUGUAUUUAACAUUAUUGGAUACAGGUAGAUUGUGAUAAUAAUGGUGAAAUUCAUCAGGUGUAGCACCUGAUUUGCAAAGUUUUAGUAAAUCUUUCUUUUUGGCAUUACUAAUGUCUUCCACUUUUUGUAAGUAUUUUUAGAGCUUUUCACCCUUUCAUUUAUUUAUUUAUUCUUUAUUAACGGGGAUUUGCCCCUAUCUCAUUCAAAAAAAUAUAAAACUUUUAUUUGUUUAAAAACUAUGAUUAAUGAAAUAACUAUCAUUAAUGAAAUAACUAACAUUGAUUAAAAGAAACGUAACAUAAUAAAUAUAAUAUUUCAUGAGUUACACAUUCGCACAUUUUUUUCAUCACUUACCAGUAAAACAAUUUUUAAAGUUAUGUAAAACUCGAUAAAACAUAAAAACGGUGAAAACAGAAAAUGAAUGCACACUUCAAAUCCUUACCAGCACCGCAGGUCACUUUCAAUUUUUCUUAAAUUUUGCUUAGGUGAUGCCCAAUAAGUCUAUUUUAAAUUGGUUUAUUCUAUUCAGUGAUUUUACAAGAGGAGGAUUCAUACCGUAAAUAGUAUUAUGAAUAGGAACAUAAAACAAAUUAUGGUGUCGAAGCACCCUAGUUGGUACAUUAAACUGUACCAACUACAAAAGCUCUGGACACAUCAACAUUUAAUUUACUAGUUAGAAAAUGAUCCCUAGGUAAGAGCACAAUCGCGCAUCCGUCUGCCGGUAAGGAUUGGGUUUUUCAAGCAAUGUCAAAAGCUGUUGUUUUGGUGUUGUUUCGGUGAUUUAAGAAGUGCUUCUAAUCGUUUUAACGCGCAAACAAUAUGGAGACGAGCGUCAGCAUCCCCGCUUGUUACAGUUUGACCAAUCACUCGUUACAGCUUGACCAAUCGAUCAUUGACUACGGCGAUUCGGGCAUCACGUGUAAUCUAUUGGGUUUUGAGGGUUAGCUAUAUCGUGAAAAAGAGAUGGCUCUAGGCAAAACAAAACAAAUGGCCCAGGCAAAAUGUUGAAGUAUUUCAACAAAUAAAUUCAACAAUAAUAAGUGUUUUGGCCUUUACCUUGUUUUGUCAGAAACACUAUUAGGAAUCGAACUAAAUACAUUUAGCAAAAAUAAGUUUUAUUUCUCUUAUCUGGUUUUGGUAGACACAUUAUUAGCAACUGAACACAAUGUUGUGAUUAUAUUUCGGUAUAAAUGCCACUCAUCUUGUUUGUGCAUAUUGUGAAUGUAUUAAUAUGGAGUUUGUAUUUACCAUUCGCGUAUCAUGAAUAUAGACUUCCUUCACACUUGUCUUGUUUAUGCCGUAUAUAUUAUUUGAACUAUUUUGGAGACAAAAGUGUACUUAACUCUAAAAUGCCGAAAGUGAAGCUAUCUUGUUUUUGCAGUAAACCGAUGAUCCAACCGUUUAUUUAAAAAUUAGCGUGAUAUUUAGCACAGUGACCGAUGAAUGUUUUCACGCAUUUUGCUCAAGAUUUUAACAACAGAAACCUAUAGUUUUAAAAAGCACCUUAAUAAUAAUGUUUCGGGCCGGAAAAGGCUAUAAUAAAAUUGGCUAGACUAUCGGAUGUGGACGGAACAAAGGCUUGCGUCGGAAAGUUGCAGAAAAAUUGUAUGCAAAUUGCCACCAUUUUCUCACCCAAGCCGUUUGCAUAUGCUUAGAAAAAGUUUUUAUAAGACUAUAUAACAAUAGUGUUGGACAUGGUCAUCAUAUUAAUUAUACAUAAUUUCCACGAUUUUCUCACACACACCAUUUGCCAUAUGCUUAGAAAAACUGAUUUUCAGACCAUAUAAUGAAAGGCAUAGGAUCAUAUUAGGUAUUUAUUUAAAAAAUAGCUGACAGAAAAUCUAGAAAUGUUUAUAAUUAUGUUUUAUAUUAUGAAAAUAUUCAUAUAAAAAAUUUAAAAAAAUAUUUUAAAAUUUUUUAUAAUGAAAUUAAUUUUAUGAAUAAUUUUACAAACUAUAACGUCGAUGUUGAUGCUAUUUCCAUCGUCUAUUCCGUCUUCCUUUCCAUCGUCUGCAUCGUCCACAUCUUCAUUGUGAUGAUAAUCUUCGAGAGCGUCAUCUACAUUAUUUUCAUUAACAUUGUCCUCUGAAAUUGCAAAAUUAAAAUAAUAUAAAAUUGUUUACAUACAACUGAUGCAAACAAAAAUGUAUUUUUUCUACGAUCACUAUCAAAAGUAGACUUUUGCGCUUUGAAAUACAACCGCAAAGUUGACAUUUUCCGCGAAUUGACGUUAAGUGACAGCUUUGUUGCUCGCCUAAUUUAAAUUAGAUAUAAUAUAUUUCUUUUCAAUAAAUGAUUUUCAAGCUAUUUGUACGUAGUUUGAUGUUUUUGUUUUAUUAUCCAAGUUAACAUUGGGUGCGUUCACCAGACGUCAGCCGUUAACUUUAAGCACUAAACGGCUAGGCAUUAACAUCCGGCAGCAGAUGGAAAUUGGCUGAAAGCUCCGUUGACCGUUGAGUCUCUGUCUGUCACAAAACUGUCAGAUUCGACUGUUGAACACAACCUUAUAAUUAUUGGCUGAUGCCGAAAUUGCUGAUCCUCGUCAGAAAACACCAAACUGUAGGUUGACAAAUUUUCUUUAUUAGAUUCCAUAAUAUGUACGUUUUAAAAAUCAAGAAAACGCGCAACAAUGAAAAGUCGAAAUUAGAUUGGGAAAUUGUUUCUUAGAAUUUGGACCCUCUCUAGGGGUCUUUUAAAUUAUUUUAGGGGGUGGUUAAUUUUAAUUUUAAACGUCUUCGGAUUUUAAUUGUGCCUUCCUGGCGAUUUAAUAUUUUUCAAAGUUGAAAUUAGUUUUUCUAUAAUUUACAUUCAUUAUUAUAUUGACGUUUCCGUCUUUAAGGUUUUACAUGUGGGUAAAUUUUUAAAGCAAGUAUGUAGUGAAACGAUAUAUCUAUAGAUAAUAUACAAAUGUUAAUCGUUUCUAGUGAAAGAAAAAAUAAAUAAUAAAUUUAUUAAAGAACCACUGUUGUUACUAAAGUAGAAGAACCAAUUAAAGAUGAAACAAGUAACAUUUUUAAAGAUGUGCCAAUUAUAAUGAAGGUUUUUAGUUUUUCAAAACGUCGAAAUGUUUUUGAAAUAUUCGUUACAUGACGGAAUUAAAAUAUAAUCUCUAAAGAAAUAUUAGAUCUAAAAAGUACAAAAGAACGACACAUUUAUAGUAGGUUAAUUCUUAUUCUUCAUAGUUAUUUAAUAUUUGUGAAUCGACGCAUUUUAAAUUGGGUUUUUAAAACAUGCGAAGCUUUUUCAAAUCCAUGAAGUGUUUCGAUUGGCAAAUUAUCAGGGCAAUAUAUAUGAGUGAAUAUAAUUUACUCUUAGGUUAAAAUAAUUUUUAGUAUUUAAAUGAAAGUUGUUAUUGGUCAGUACUUUUGUUAUAUUUAUUUGUUGAUUCUUAAUGUGCAUAGUUCUAAACUUGCGUUUUUAUCUUUUUUUAUUAUAUUCUUUAUACUGUUUUAUUUGUACUUGCUGUCUCAUUAUGAGUUUUCAAUGAUUUCUGUGUCUGAUGGAGGGUCCAAAUAUGUUUCUACUUUUGGAAAUAUCGACAGAAGUUUAAUUUUACGAAAUAUCUAGAUAAUCGAUCAGAUGAGUGAGCCGGUAGCAUAAUUUUUUAGUUAACCUCAAAAAUAUAGGUUAAAAUAUCGUAAUAGGCUUAAAGCUUGCUCGCCAAGGACAUCUAUUAGUAUUCGAUUGGUAUUUCGAGUUCAGUUUUGUAUAUCUUGAAUGUGAAACACAGGUAAAGAAAACUGCUAUAAUUGGAAAUGCAUUUGUCAAAAAAUUAUAACUAUGUAUUUGGGACAACAGCGAAAUUUUGAAUGGUAUAUGCCUGCCGUUCAGUUUCUUUUUAAAUUCAGGGUAGCUGAGUGUCUAACAUUGCCCACCCUGUAUAUUAAAGCCGACAAAAAAAAUUUCCACGUCGCUUUCCAUUUUUCUUUAAACUAUUUAAUUUGUGACUUUCAGAUAUUCCAAAUUUUAAACAAUCAGGUGUUGGACUGAGACAAAGACCAGCACAUAAAUUACACUCUAUUAAAUCGAAUAAUAAAGUUAUUUUUUCCAACAAACUAUGAUCCAAUUUUGCUUUUUUUAUGUGUAAUGUUAAGGUAUUCAGAGACGUACAAAAUUGUCAUUUUCAUUUUUCUUUCCAAAACAAAGAUACAAAAAAAAUUUAAGGGACCUAAUAGUUGUAUUUUCAGUCAGUUUAUUUAAAAAAUAAAUUAAAAAUUAAAAAUCUACUGGGCGAUAUUUUUUGUACCAAAAAUUAACCGAAGUGUCCUGUGAGCACGUCUCUAGAACUACUGUAACAUGUCCAAAAGAGACUUCAUAAAGUUGUCAACAAACUGUAAAAAUUUAAUUAAAAUCUGUCGAAGCCUUUUUUUUUCAUAUUAUUAAAAAACUAUUUAAAAAAAAAAUAUCUUUAAAAAGAAACUAAAUUUGACCAUGUUUUAUCCCAUAAACUACCUUUAUUUUUCGAUAAACUAUCAGCUAGUAAAAUCCUGACGAUAUAAACUGUAUACCUGUAAAAGUAGUCCUUCCUUUAUCUCUGACCUUUUUGCCAAAAUACAUAGAAGACAUACAGUUAACAAUUUUUCAUCCUUAUAUCUAUUUUCAAAAAAACUUUAGGUUCAAUAAGUAGUUGCAUUUGUAUUUUUGUUUCUUAUACGAAUCAUUUGUAAAAUAUUUCCAAACUUUGGAUUUUAUAUAUCAAAUAUUGAACCUAUAUCUCAAACACUAAUCAGAAAACCAGUAAAACUAAUAAAAGUUAGUAGUCAUUUUUUUAAUUAUUAUUUUUUUAAACUAUAUUUUGCCUUUGUAAAACAUUCUGCCAAAUUAAUUAAUUUAACGUAUGCGCACCACACUUUCCAAUUUUGAAAAGUUUGUGUAGACAUGGCCACUUUUCAGACAUAUUCCUCUUACUCUUACAUAUCUGUGAACAUUUUCCGAGCGACCCAUCACUAUACGCUAAUAUUAGUGAUGACGUAAUAUGCGUUCUUUUCACAAUUACAAUAACAGUAGACAACAAAAUAGAGGUAUAUGUAGUCAUUAUCAUUAUAUUUCUAUUAUUUUCAAGAUUGUAUUCAUUUAAACAUUAUAAAUAAUUUGGUUACGUACCUUUCUACCAAAUUACCUAAUUAGCGGGAGUAAACUCCUUUUUUGCGACCUGCAAGCAAUAUUUAAAAAAACUAAUAACAUAUAUGUCAAUAAUGGUUUGUUUUUGUUAAAAGUUAAUAAUAUAGCGUUUUAUACACAGUGAAAUAUGCCAAAUUUCCAUAGACAAGCCUGAUUUAAAUAAAACAUGAACAGCAUAUAGAUAUUGCUGGGUCCUCCACCACACACAGAAAUAUACAAACUCAUUUUGAAACAUAUACUUCGAUAUUCCUAUUUUAUCUUCUUAGAUAUUUAAGUUAUAUAAAAUAUUUGCAGGGUAUAUUAAUUUUAGUUAUCUGUUAUUUUAGAAGAUAGUUUUUAAUGAAAUUUAGUUGAUACCGAGAUAAAUGGUUUUAUCUACGAUCAGGCGAUAAAGUGAGCGUUUUCCAUGAAAUUCUUGAACAUAAACGCGACAAACUUAGGAUAUAUAUUAAAAUGAAAUCAAAGUAUUAUUAAUGUAUAAGUUUAGAUUUUGACGUUUACUUUUUAUUGGCAGAGAAGUCCAAAUAAAACGAAACUUUUAUUAGUUUCCAAAACUAAUUUUUCUAUUUUUAGUUAUAGUAUAUACUUUUGAAGAUGAAUCAAAACAUGUAGGGUCACAAAUAAUAUUGUUGACAAAUGGUAUAAAAGGCUGUUUGUCACGAUACUAAAUUAAGUUAUUAAUUUUGUCUCUUAAUUUAGAACGAACUUAAAAUAUUAUUCACCAAAUUAUUUGCUUUUACAACGAUACCAAUUUUCUAAAGUUUCACAAACAAUUUUACAUUGACACGUUUCUCUCCUUGAACCACAUACUUUGAUUUUCUUUUACUAUACGGAGAAUGGUCGCACUGCGCAGCUUUCUGAGUGCCUUUUAAAAGGAGAUAGAAAACUCCGCCAUUUUGAACCCUUAUUACGUGUUGCCUACAUCUUGGCGCAAUAUUUUUAAUAGGUGCGUUUUAAUCAUCCGCUUCGGAAUUGUCGGUUUUCUUGUUUUAAUCUGACAGGUUAAAACGACUAAACCGACAAUUCCGGAAGCAGAAGCGGAUGAUUAAAACGCACCUGAUAUUUUGCUUGCUGCUGUCAGUGUCAGUGAAUAUUAUUUUUGAAGUCACAGUUUAUUGCUAAAGAAUCAGUUAGCUCACUCGGACCAGUUGAAAGUUCCAAAAUAACAUCCACUCCAGGGAUACAAAUUCAGGAUACGCAGAAGACUGCUGUUUUAUUAUAGGCGGUUGUCAUAUAUUGUAUUAUCCGAGUUGCACAGUGUAUAAACUGAAACAUUGAGAUCCAAAGUGCCGACGCAGAGUGAGCGAUCUGAUUCUUUAGCUGUAAACUGUGUCACAGGGUUCAAAAUGCCCGCGCCCUAUGUUGGGCGUGUCGGACCUCUCUCUUGUCUCGUAUAGUAAUCAAAGUAUGUGCUUUGAACACAUGAACAUAUUGUCUACUUCAAACGAAGGCCACGGCUCAAAUAAGCUGAACGUAGUAGUAAUAGAGAUAUAUCACGUGACACGUUCGUGUUUCUUUAAACCUUGACGCCCAUAUAGUUUGCAGAAAGAUGAGUCCGGAACCCUCACCUACUCCCACAAAAAUUUAUAAUGAAUAACUGUCAAAUGUCACAAGAUUUUAUUAAUGCGCAGCUCCUUCUCUCUCUGCUAAAUGAUUUCGUUUGCUAGCAGGGUAUCCAUUUUACUUUCUCCCCCUUUCUAUUUCUAUGAACAUAGUCAAUAAGCGGAGCUAACAAAAAAAAAAUAGUAAACAAGCCCGCUGUCCAAAUCUUUAAAAAGUCUGCGCAACAUUUGUAAAUUUUAAUUAAUUAAGCAAUAUGUUUUUAAGUAAUUAAAUUUGAUUUUUUAGAACUUAAAAUUUAGCUCUAAAUUAAGUGUUAUGACAAACAACCUUAACGGUGUUUUUUCGGUACAAUAUUAUAUGUUGGUCCCAAUGCAAAGUACUCCAAUUUUUAUCACAUACCUUUUUAGAUUUUCUAGAACCGGAGAGUAUUUUACAACUAAUAGCAAAGGAUUUUAUGUGAUUUAACGUCAACAGGGUUCUUUGAUACUCUGGGACCUAAGCUUUACAAUCGUGGCGUGCCUGAUCUUUAUGCUAGUUGACGGACUUCCGACUUUAUUGCACUAGCUUGAAUGCUAUUUUGAGGCUUUUAUAGUGCAUCAAGGGUUCCUCGGGUAUCUAAUAUCAUUGAGGUGGUACUGAAAUUCUCUGUUUGCGAAUAUUGAACUCUCAUAUAGUGUGAAGUUUUAUUUUCUUUGUGUGGUUUCUCAAAUGACAGCGACCUGUCAGUUCAACGGCACCGGAGAGGUUUAAGUAAUACCACUUUCGCCAUAUUGGUAUGACAUUUUUAUAUUUGUGUGUGUAAAUGUCAUUGCACCGUGCUUUUGAUUAUAUUUUAGUAAUUUCUCUUUAAAAACUAUAGUAGACUAAAAACCUUCAGGAAGCACAAGUGUAUAUAAAAUAUAUAUCUUUGCUUUAGAAGAUUGAAAUUUUUAUUUUGAAAAUUUUUAAAAUAAAUUAGAAUUUCUCUGGUUGAAAGAUGUGUUAAAUUUAAUUUUUACUUUACAAGUACGUUACUGUACCUAUCCUCAUCGCUAGUUUGAAAUAAGCUCCGCAUUGUGUUGCCAUUUUGACAUCUCCAUUUACUCUCACCUCCCUGAACUUUGUAGAAAAUAAUUUCUACUCGAUUCAAUGGUCUUGUCAACUUUAACACAUGGCGUAUUUGCUCUAAUUAGUUGUAACACACUCGAUACCAAAAAUGGCUAAAUGCCGAUUGAUGAUAACAAGAGGCCAACAAUAUUCGUCUUCACGGAUAUGGUUGUUAAUUAUUAUAUUUUAUGGUGUCGUAGAUAAAAUGUCGGAUGCAUUUUAAGCGUAAUUCUCGUCGCGAAAUGCCUUCAUCUCGCGUACUAAAAACGCUUAUUUUACGCCUUCGAAACAUAUUGUAACUAUUUAUUAAAACAAGUGUAUGUAUUUUAUGUAUUAUUUUCUGCGUGUUCCAUGCGUUUUUUUUUCACACGGAGUGUCAUCGCUGUACUCUUUCACUAGCACUGUGAUUCCGUUUCUCACGUAAUUACUUUUUCGGCAAUACACACAACUCUUAAAAAAAUUGUUUCUGUGAUUGUUAUUUAGGGCACAUGUUAAUAAAUAAUUUUAGUUACCAAGUAUAUUUGAAUGGUUCUGUAUUGUGCUGAUUUUUUAGUGUAACGUUACCGAAUUUCAAAAUUGUGAUAUAAUGAAUUAAAAAUAAAUAAAGACACAUAGCAUACUCG